UUGUGCCAAGAACUUCAUACAAAAGACAUCUGCCGCCAACUGUCGACGUAGAUUUUCAUAAAGACCCUCAUUUGUAGGACAUGAGUCAUGAUACUCGAAUGUACUGCGAUACCAAGUGUGGGUAUGAAUGUGCAGGUACACAGGGCGCAAGGUGGAGUGCGUGAACUUGAGUUCGUACAACUACCUGGGGCUGGGGGCCACCAGCCCGCGGGAGGUGGCCGCGGCCGUGCGGCGAUACGGGCUCACCGCGGGCUCCAGCCGGGCCGAGCUGGGGACCACGCCGCUGCACCGCGAGCUGGAGGACAGCGUCGCCAGGUUCCUGGGCGUGGAGGAGCUGGAGGACAGCGUCGCCAGGUGAGUGGGCGUGGAGCUGGAGGACAGCGUCGCCAGGUGAGUGGGGCCGGUGCUCCGGGGCGGGCUCCAGCCGGGCCGAGCUGGGGACCACGCCGCUGCACCGGGAGCUGGAGGACAGCGUCGCCAGGUGAGUGGGGCCGGUGCUCCGGGGCGGGCUCCAGCCGGGCCGAGCUGGGGACCACGCCGCUGCACCGGGAGCUGGAGGACAGCGUCGCCAGCUAUAACAAUGAUUUGUAUGUUGACCAGGUAGUGGAGGGCGUUUACAGCAUGGAGGGGUCCAUAGCUCCCCUGCGAGGGUUGGUGGAGCUGAAGAAGCGUCUCGGGCUCCAACUGUACCUGGACGAGGCGCACUCCGUGGGGGCCAUCGGGCCGAGGGGCAGGGGGGCCACGGAUCAUUGCGGGGUGCGCCCCCAGGAUGUGGAUGUAUUGAUGGGGACCUUUACCAAGAGUUUUGGGGCCGCUGGAGGAUAUGUCGCCGGCAGCGCAGCAUUGAUCCGGGCAUUGCGCGCCCGCGGGCACGGGCACUCGUACGCGACCAGCAUGUCGCCGCCCGUCGCCGCGCAGGUGCUGUGGGCGCUGCGCUCCAUCGACAGUCCCGCUGGACUCGAGAGGAUACAACGACUGAGGGAGAACACCGCCUACUUCAGGGACAGAUUGCGUUCGAUGGGCGUGGUAAUGUACGGCGCCGCGGCGUCGCCCGUGGUGCCGGUGCUGGUGUACACGUUCAGCAAGAUGGCCGCCACCGUGGAGCGCCUGGCGCGCGCCGGCCUCGCCACCGUCGGCGUCGGCUUCCCCGCCACGCCCCUCAACCAGGCGCGCAUACGGUUCUGCUUAUCGGCGGCGCACACCCGCGAGCAGCUGGAGGCGUGCGCGGAGGCCGUGAAGCAGGUCGUCGACGAGCUGGGGCUGCACUACUCGCGCCGCGCCAUACACUGA